AUGACUCGUCGAAUCUCGAUGACUCACGGUCCCUCAGAAGCCCCCCUGGACGGCGGUCCCCGACUUCUCCCCCAAGUCUUCCAAAACCUAGGCCAAGCCCAAGUCGGCUUGCGGGAAAACCGGAACUCGAUCACAACUUUGCGACAAUUCCACCAAAGCCCCCAUUCCCGCUUCUCACAGCCGGAUCUGUUAGCCACUACCGUAAUGGGACAGUACGGAACCGUUACUAAUAACGGGCAGGGCACACCACCCUCGGGGUACGGUAGCCCGAGACGUGUUCUUCCCGUGAGACUCCAGGAGCAGCACAGCAGCGAGAGCACGCCCAGUCGAGAUCUCCCAAUCGGCCCGGUCUACCUAGCCCUAAAGCAAGCCACCGGCAAAUAUGGCUCCCAAGGUGGGGUCAACGGAUCUCGUCGAGGAUCAUCGGCACAUCCACUCGACUCACACUCCCCGUCACCAUCUACACUAUCGCGUGUGUCACUGCAGGACUCCGGCUACGUCGAGAUGCCAAAAGCCAGUCCGCUUCUCGGCUCGUCACCACAGCUCGACCAUGCCGGUCGCAACCCGGCCCGUCGACGGGCCCCCAAGCUAUCGCAGCAGAUGAAGGGUCGAGCGCCCGUUGCCGACUGUGCCGACGUGCCGCCACGCGCCCAGCCUGGAGUGUGGAGGAGCCGUGCUCAGUGCGCGCGACGCAUCGUCAACUGGAAGGUUGCGGAAUGGAUCGUCCGAUUUGUCGGAUUGGGAGCGGAAGCUGCUCUGCAGGUCAACACGAAUCGACGUGGAUCGGCUCCCAGCCGGUGGUAUUACAAGCUAGUAGCGAGCAUCCAACAAGGCGGUCACAUCGUCAUCCACGAGUACACCCCAUCAACUGGACAACCUCUGUACUUGGGCGAGAAGUUGAUCGUCGUCAACAAUGGAGACCCGGAUUGGCUCCAUGGGUUUAGAAUAUCCGAUCGCACCGAGCAGCUGAUCUCCUUCCCAGCCACUUGUGUCGGAAAGGUGAAGCCCGGGGAGCAACCGAUGCGAAUCUCCCAGAAUGUCCUCAUCUCCGACAUCAAACUACGGCUGUAUAGGGAUCAGGUGGUCUUCGCCCAGCCCGACUCAAUCCGCGAGGGCAAGGUCUUGAUCCGCACCGAGCGCGACGUGUUCACUGCGUGCCGCCUUGAGUACCUUUCCAUCCUC